AUGGCGCUUUUUGCGCCAAAAGUUAGGAAGUGCUUAUCCUGUCAAUUCUGAAAGGAGUUGCAGUGUGAGAGGAGAUUUUGCGUCAGCAGUAGUCUCUUCAGUGCUGAAUUCAUGGACUGCAGGAGUUGAAGCGAAGAUGGAAGCGUGGUGCAAUGGGUGAUGGCAUGGAGACAGCACAUGAUACAGGCAAAAAAUUUCAAUGGCCUGCAUUGGAGGCGCAAGCAGGUAGUGCAUUGAUUUUUUUGUGAAAUUACUUUUUACCUUUUACUCUUAUUUUAG